UCUGGGAGACUCCCGCCUGGUGAGGUGUCCGCAGGGCUUCAUUCUGUGCAGCGGGAGUUUUGUGCUCUUGGUGCCCUUUCCUUGCGGCUGGGUUACGCCCUUUUAAUCUUUAAAGAGCUGCAGUGGGGCAGGAACGGGAAGGUAAAUAGGCAAAUUGUAAAUGGCUUUCUGACAUUGCGCUUCAGACAUGCUCUGUCUUACUGAGGAAAGUGAGUGUUUUAUGCUAAACUCCAGUAAACGACAGUGUCACUCUCCAAAAACUUGGGGUACAUCGCAGGCUGUGACCUCUUUUUGCAGCUGUUCUGGGCAGCUACAGACCCGAGCUCUAGGUUGUAUAAACCCAGGGCAGCUCUUUCAGUUCAAGUCAUAGAAUCGUUUGGUUGGAAAAGACCUCUGAGAGAAUCGUCCAACCAUACUUGUCCCCUACUAAACCGUAUCCCUGAGCAAGUACAAGUUCUGAUUUCAGCUGUUGCUUUCUGUAGUUCCAUAGAGCAAAGUCUUUCUGCUGGACUUUGUCAUCUCUCCUGCACUUUGGUGUUGCCAGUUAUGAAUAUGUUGUCUGCGUGAUUGUCAUUAGACUGGAUUCUGCAUUAAGAGUGGGAAGCUACUGUGCUAGUAAAUUGAAGGACUUGUAAUUGUGCUUUUUAAAAACACAGAAUCACAUUUAGUCCUUUUGAUGUCUUUGUUAUGGAAGUGUAGUAGGAGUUUGUUUUCAGUUUACAUUCACACUGAAACCCUUACAGGACUACAGAUUAUUCAUGGUCUAUUGUUGGACAAUAUAAAAGUAGUUUUGUCUCCCUCUCUGUGCUAAAAAUGUAAUUAAUUGCUAACAGCGGUGUUGAAUUUGUGGUUUGAUCAUUAAGUACCAGCUUGUGUGAAAUCCAUUUGAGGCUGUUGGGGUCUUACAGAUUUCCACCAACAUAAAUUGAAAUUUUAAGAAUUAAACCAGUGAUAAUUGUCAGCAGUUCCACUUUGCACAACUUCCUUAUCUAGUGCUGCUACAACACAGUAUUCCGGUUAUAAAAAUGUUUCUUAGUGGUGAAUUAAUUCUUAACACAGAGAUUAAAUACACUUGUUUUCUAUUCUGAUUUUGAUUUUUGGAGAUCUUGCAAUUUAAAGAGAGUACAGCCAAACACUGCUAAAUUUCCUUGAAAAGUUUAGUUCUCUGGGGAAUUAGAAGAGAGGCUGCUGUUCAGUGGUAGUGUUCAUCAACAAGGAAAGGGAACACUCCAGGGAGAGAAAAACUGCUGGGCACAGACUUUGUACAGGUUUAUCUCAGUUUCCUGCUCUCUGUUAGGUAUUCAAAGGUUCCUUUAUCCUUUAACAGUGACAAUUUCCUCCUCCUAAGUGCAGCGAGGGUUAAGUGCUCCUAUCAUGCCACAGACUGCGCUUUGCUUGGUUUGUUUAUGUGACUGGGUUGCUCUCCCUUCCGCCUUUUCACAGAGAAGUAUGAGAGUGUCCUAGCCCUUCCUACCGGCAACAACCAGACUUUCCAGUUGUACUUCACGCUGUUGGGGGAACAGUAGGAGACCUUUUAGAGAGGGCAGCUGCCUGAGAAGGAGAGCAAUGGCAGUCUUUGCAAACUGUGUAUUCUUUAUUAAAGUCAAACACUUAUCCAUUCGGGAGAAGAGCAGGCUGAAAGCAUGCAUAAAAGAAAAUGGUGGAGUAGUUAAUUUUACACUUACUCACGAGUGUACACAUGUGAUUGUGGAUACUGCUGAUGUCCUCAGCUGUCAUGAUCAAAAAAAGAUUCUGAAGCAUCAGCUCCCUGUUUUAUGUGCAGAUUUCAUUUGGAAAUCAGUUGAAAAAGGGAAGCUUGUAGAGGUUGAAGCAUAUAAGGUUAAUAAAUCAAAAAACGACAAUUCUGACCAAAGGCCAGACAGAUGUGAUGUGGAAGACCUGUCACGUUCUGAAAAUGAAAAUGCCACAAGGAAAAAUGAAAAUGUUUCCAACCUUAUUGAAGACAGUGAGGGCAGAAUUGAGUCUGAAAUGGAGACUAGAUUUUACGGUGAAGAUGAUCAAGAUAUUCCUUUUUUCCCGCAAGAUUUUGAAGUUGCAAAAUACAAUGUCCUUGAAAAAAUUAACUCCGAGGAAAGCAAAGAUUUUGUAGUUGUUGAAUUACAGUGUUCCAGAGAGCAUUGCAAGUUUCCAUUUCGACUAUAUGCACAUUUCAGGACACAGGAGGACAAACAAUGCGUAGCUACCACUGCUGAAGAAAUAAGAGAAAAGUACGAGACUUUUAUUGCAGACCUGAAAAGCCAGGAUUUCCGGCUCAGAGAAACUUUUCCACCAGAAGCAGACUGGUUAGGUUCUGCAGUAUUGCAAAAGGUACGUCUAGAAGAAGCCAUCCAUUCGAGUGCUAUAUGUCAGGAAGUCAGUGAUUUUGUGGAAUUGAUCUGGACGGAAGCUAUUGGCCACCUGGAUAGUUUACUACUUAAAUCAGUAAACAAUAUAAGCCUAAAUGAUGUGAGCAAAGCAGAAGGUAUUUUACUCCAAGUAAAGAACGCACUGGAUGAGGGAGCUGAUGAGGAAGCACUACAAGAGAUGAUGAAAGAAUUCUAUCAAGUUAUACGUCACAAAUCUGAAAUAGACUAUAAAGUUUCCAAAAAGCUGUUAUCUAAAAAACAGGACCUGUGCCAGCUAAUCAGAGACAUGCUUAACAUAAGUGAAAUAAAUAUGGCUUGCCCAAACCCAUCAUCUUUGGCCAAAUACCGGGCUCUGAGGUGCAAGAUUAAACCCGUUGACUCAAGGAGUAAUGAAUUUCUCAAUGUGGAACAAGAAGUGUUAAAAAACAAUUACAAUGACUGUGAAGUGAGAAUUUUACAAGUGUAUGAGGUUGGCAGAAUAACUGAAGCAGAAGAAUUUCUGAGCAGUCUUGGUAACAUUCAGUCCUUAUUCCACGCAUCAUCUGCACGCAACUUCAUGGGAAUUCUUUCCAGAGGACUAUUAAUGCCAAAAGUGGUUGUUGAAGAUCAUGGUCUGAAAAGAACUGACAUUGGAAAUCUGGGCAGCGGCAUUUACUUCAGCAAUUCUAUUAGCACCAGUAUUAAGUAUUCUUCACCCAGUGAAACAGAUGGAACCCGGUUCCUGGCUGUUUGUGAUGUGGCACUUGGAUCCUGCUUAGAUUUAUAUGAGCGAGAUUAUUCAUUAAAUAAUGCACCAUCAGGAUAUGACAGUGUGCAUGGAGUCCGUAAAACAGCACUCGUCUCUUCAGACUUUGAGGAUGAUGAAUUUGUUGUGUAUAAAACCUGUCAGGUUAAAAUUAGAUACAUCGUUAAGUUUUGCCUUGCUGAAGAUCAAAUAAAACCAUUUCAGUCUGCAACUGAUGUGGAACUGGAGGAAGAAAACAAUGAGCCAGAGUCACAAUGUCAUUUACAGCAUGAGAGCUUUGCAUUACCAGAUGCAGAUCUUUCAAAUCAUGUCAAAACUGGUCUUCAGGACAGAUUGGGAAAUCCUGUCCCUCUGGAAGGUGUUUAUAUCAAGGGGAGGAUAAUAGACUUUGUAGCACAGAUAGCAAUGUUUCAGACCUACACCAAUCACAACACUCAACCAAUUGAAGCGAAAUAUGUCUUUCCUUUGGAUGAUAAAGCUGCUGUUUGUGGAUUUGAAGCUUUUAUCAAUGGAAAACACGUCCUUGGAGAGGUUAAAGAAAAGAAACAAGCACACAGGGAAUAUCAGAAAGCUAUCAGUCAGGGUGAUGGAGCAUAUCUAAUGGACCAGGAUGCGCCGGAUAUUUUUGUAAUAAGUGUUGGAAACUUGCCUCCAAAUUCUACAGUUGUGAUCAAAAUCACCUAUAUCACUGAACUGAGUUUCCAGCAUGGUUCUAUCACUUUUCAUCUGCCUGCUUCCUUGUCACCAUGGCAACAGGACAAAGCAUUAAAUGAAAACACUCAGGAUACAGUAAAAAAGGUUUGUGUUAAACAAGCAGAGACACUGAAAAAUGGAUUUUCUCUGGAUAUGUCUAUUGAGAUGCCAUCUGCUAUUGAGCGCAUACAUAGCUGGACACACACACUAAAAAUAAAGAAAACAGAGUGCAAGGCUGUGAUCAAGACUGUGGAGAACAGCUCCUUGGGCAUUAGUGGCUUUGUCGUAGAUAUCUGGAUUUCUGAAGUCUACCUACCUCGAAUGUGGGUAGAGAAGCAUCCCAACAAAAUGAGUGAGGCUUGCAUGCUUGUAUUCCAACCAGAGUUUGACACAACAUUUGAAGAAGAGUACCUGUCCAGUGAAAUUAUUAUCUUAUUAGAUUGCUCGAACUCCAUGGCAGGUUCAGCUUUACACCAAGCAAAGCAGAUUGCUUUACGUGUUUUGGAAUUAUUUUGUUUCAAACAAACUGUGACUGUAGUCAAAUUUGGCACAAAUUUCACAGAACUUUCUUCUUUUUCAAUCAACAUCAUAAAUGAUUUGGCAUUGCUGAAGGAGUUUAUUACAUCUGCUACCGCGACAUUAGGAAGCACCGAUUUAUGGAAGACAUUACGUUAUUUAAGUCUGCUAUCUCCUUCUCAAGGACACCGUAACAUUGUCCUUAUAUCAGAUGGACACAUUCAGAAUGAGAGCAUGACCUUCCAGAUCGUGAAAGAUAAUGUCCAACAUACAAGGUUAUUUACAUGUGGUGUUGGUUCCACAGCAAAUCGACACAUGCUGAGAUCGUUGUCCCAUUAUGGUGCUGGAGCAUUUGAAUACUUUGACCCAAAAUCAAAGUACAACUGGGAGACAAAGAUACAGAGUCAGGUAUCUAGAAUAUCUUCUCCAGAAUGCAGUUCAGUUUCUAUUAAAUGGCAACAGUUUAAUACAGGUGCACCAGAGCCAAUGCAGGCUCCAGCUCAAAUACAGUCUUUAUUUAACAAUGAGAGACUUCUUGUCUAUGGAUUCAUCCCUCACUGUACUCAGGCCACCCUAAAAGCAAUAAUAAAUGACCAAGAACUACAGACUGUGGUGUCUACUACUGAACUACAGAAGACAACAGGAACAGUGCUGCACAAACUCGCAGCAAGAGCUUUCAUUAGUGACUACGAAGACGGGAUUCUUCAUGAGAAUGAAACAGAACAUGAGAUGAAGAAACAAAUCUUGAAAAACAUGAUUAUUCACCUCAGCUUGGAGAACUCCGUUAUAAGCCAGUUUACCAGCUUCGUUGCAGUUGAGAAAAGGGAUGCUGAUGAAACAUCUGCUGAUGAUGCUCCAAACAUCCUGGAAAUUAUUGCUCAAGAAGAUGUAGAUUUUUUACCUUACAUGGACUGGGAUGGAAAGUCAGUGGAAUCUGGCAGCUUAUUUUCAAAAGACCUUGCCUAUGGUACCAUGGCAUGUUAUUCAGAUGCAAGCCUUUAUUAUCCACCUGAUUUCCUACUUGAGGAAGAUGAACCUGAAAACGAAACAUUGCGAUCUAAAGAAGUUCCUGCUAGUCUAAGCAGCAUCUCACAAAAAAAUGUGGCACAAGGCUUUGUAAACAUUUCUGAACGUGAAAGUCCUACUUGCAGUCUCCAAUCAAAUUCCAGUUUUGAUGGAUACAGCACAAAGGAGGGAUAUUCUGGAGCAAAGUUGCCUUCACCAUGUGACCUUAAGCCACAUGGUCUUUCUCAGCUUUGCUCAUCAGUUGCUUCGAAUGCGGAGUUAGGAGGAGUAAUGGCUCUGACUCAAAGGAAAUCAUUUCAGACACCUACCCUUACAAAAUCAGGUGUUCCUGUGGAUGUUCCUAAACCAGCCCCUCCUGCUCUCCUUCGCUGUUCUUUUCAAAAUGCAGUGGGAGACUUGAAACAUCAUUUUUAUUCUUUUGCUGCUCCGACGCAGGGUGCGGCACUUUUUGGUUCACUUUCUCCGAUAUGUACAAAUUCUGAAAAGACUAAUGUUGAAGAACAAGUUAUUCCCACAUUUGGCGUUUCUCAAGCUCAUAAUAAAAAAGCAUUGUCAAAGCGUAAGCGCAAGCAAAAGGCAGAACAUUGGAGUGAUGUUAUAGCUCUUGAAGAAGGAUUUCCUGAGGCCUUUGACCUUAUGGAACAGUCAAGGUGUUCCAGAACAACAGCAGAAGAAAAGAUUCCACAGAGAAUUGAGUUGAUGUCUGUAAACUGGAAAGAAGUUUUUGCGCUCCAAAAUCAGGAUGGCUCUUGGAAUCUCAGUCCACAGUUGGGAAAAAUCUUCAAGUUUGAUGUUGAUAAUUUAAUUAACAAUUUUCUCAUUAGAAAAGGCAUCCAGUCACUUGGCCCCAAUGGAAAAGAAAAGCUACUGCAACUGAUUGCUACUCUUCUUGUGCUACAGUUGAUACGCUGCACAAAGGCAUUGAAAGGGAUAGUCUUCAAAACCCUGAUGAAACUAGAUGAUUCAUGUAAUUCAAGUGGUGUUCACUGGGCUCUCGAGUUGAUCAAGAAAGCAAUAGAGUGGGCAAGAAGAGUUGAGAGGCAAUUUCCAUCUAUUUGCUAUCGCCUUGAACUCGGGAAAGACUGGGAUUCCGCCACCAAGAAGAUACUGGGUAUCAAUUCAUCUAACAUCGAUUUGCUUUCUACUUAAAAGUGUUUAAUCUCAUAAUUCUUUAAGAUAAUAGCAGAGUUAGCUUGCCUUGCAGUUUCACCUAAAAUGUUUAAAUUGAAGAUAUUUGAUCUUGUUACUGAAUAAUAACUCUAAUUGCCACAGACUUAAGGGUAUGGAAAUAAAGGGUCUUGUAGUUAAUAAGUCUUGAUUUUACAUAUAUGUAGUAUUUUACUUACCCGUAACUGUUAAAAAUACUAUUUCAAUUUUUAUAUUAAUCUCUCUGGUUCAUUGCACAUUAUGAAAGCACUUUUAUAAUAGAUUUGUUUUGAUUUCUUUUACAAUUUAUGUACUAACACUCCGGCUCUAGUAAACGCAGUUAAAUAAGCAGAGUGUGGUUUGCUUGCU